GGGAAAUAAACACUUACAGGUGGAAUGUCCCAGAACGAUCUGGUCCUGGUAAAACAGAUCCAAACUGUAUCACUUGGGUUUAUUAUUCAACGGCAAACUUUGUAAAGGACACAUACAGUGGUCUGAUUGGGCCUCUUGUAGUUUGCAGAAAAGGAACUCUGGAUGAAAGAGGUCUAAGGAAAGACAUUGAUCGUGAAUUUACUCUUCUGUUUAUGGUGUUUGAUGAAAAUCAAUCCUGGUAUUUGAAAGCAAAUAUUGAAACAUACCUUCAUAAGAAUCCUGAUGAUUUUAAUUCCACUGAGAACUUUGUAGAAGGCAACAGCAUGCACGCAAUCAAUGGGAAGAUUUAUAACAGUCUCUUGGGUCUAACAAUGAAUGAAGGUGACAGGACAAACUGGUAUUUGAUAGGAAUGGGCAAUGAAGUGGAUAUCCAUACAGUUCACUUCCAUGCACAGACCUUCAUCUUCAAGACAGAUAAGGACCACAGAGGAGAUGUAUAUGACCUUUUCCCUGGGACUUUCCAGACCGUUGAACUUGUAGCAGAAAACCCUGGAACUUGGCUUCUGCACUGCCACGUAGCUGAUCACAUCCAUGCUGGCAUGGAGACAACCUACACCAUCAAUAAAUCAGAGUGGAAAGUUCCGUCGGAAGGAGGAGUCACAACUGGAGCAUACAAUACAACUACUGCAACAAAUAGAACCACUGAAAAGGAUGAUGACAGCAAGGGGGGCAAUCAUUUUGGCAAAACUCUGAGUCCUGGAGAAACCAGCCUGAUACUCGCAGCUUUUUUUUUCAUUGGACUUGUUCUGCUGUCAACAGCAUUUAUCUUCUUCUGCCUCGUCACCCACCAAGGAAACAGGAUCCAUUACACGGCUCUGCAUGACAAAAGUGCACUUCUGGCAGAUUCCUU